AUGGGCGAGUUCGGUCAGGAACCAGAGAAACGACCCCAAUUCGGCGACCGGUGGAAUGCAUCUGCUCCGCAAGAUGAAAUACUGUCUCUUGGCAGGGUCGAGGAGAUGAAGGAAAAACUAGAAGCGGCUCGGACCGUUGUUUUGGCCCUCGAACUGGCCCUCCAGACUGAGAAGAACAUUCUGUUCCGAUUGCGCGCCCGACGAGCACCUAUUACACGCCUCCCAGACGACGUCCUCUCACUCAUCUUUGCUCACGGGGCAGACAUUCUUCAGCCACUAGUGAGCAGCGAUGAAGAGAAGGCCCCUCGAACCCGCCGUCCACCAUUCCAGCUCGUCUGUGCCCAGGUCUGCGAUCGAUGGCGACGUGUCGCGUUCCAUACCGCCGAGGUCUGGUCUAGUUUCCGUAUC